ACUGCGAUUCAUCUCACGCGAAGAGCUUCAACUUGCUAUAAACCUCACCGACACGUCGACGAAAUGUCGAAAAAGCAGCAUGGAGUUUCAUGGAUCGUAACCGCUAUCUUACUGGCACUUCAGACGGGGCGAGUCCGAGCUUAUUCAUGGGGUGAAAAAGGGGGUCAAACAUCAAUGGGUUUGGGCUAUGGGGUGAUACACUUUAGCAUAUCACAGGACAUGAAUGACCACGAAAAAAGACGACUGCUUGGAACAGAUCGCAUCGACCAUGGAACAGACGGAGUGAGCAGCGCUGGACACGUAGAAGAGGAUCACGGACGUGGUGAGUUCGAGGAUCGAUUGCUGGGCCAGCACGUCCACGAAGACAACUACCGCGUUAUAACGAUUAUAAAAAAGGUGGCCGUGCCAUAUCCCGUGGAAAAAACCGUCCACUAUCCAGUGAUAAAGAAGAUAUUAUACCCAGUCCGAGUGCCGGUCGCGCAGCCUUACGCCGUUGAGAAGGAGGUGCCGUAUCCGGUAAAGGUAUAUGUCAAGGUCCCGGUUAAAAUACCGAAGCCGGUACCGGUCGUCAAGGAGGUACCGUAUCCCGUCGAGGUGCCCGUGGACCGGCCGGUUCCCUUGAAGGUUUAUGUGCCCCAGCCUUACCCGGUAGAGAAGAAGAUACACUACGAAGUCGAGGUUCCGGUACCCCGACCUUUUCCUAUCGAAAAGAACAUCCCGGUGCCGGUAAAGGUUCAGGAACAUUACGCGCAACCCUAUCCUGUCGAAAGAAUCGUUCGCUACCCGGUCGAAGUCAAGGUGGAAAAACCGGUGAUGAUUAAUGUCCAGAAGCCCUACCCUGUUCCAGUUCAAAACUCGGUUCCCUAUUCCAUGGAAAAGCCUGUUCCAUAUCCGGAUAAGGUCCUGGUUGAACAGCCGGUUCCAGUGCCAGACGAGAAGCCACUUUUGAUGGAUGAGGCUAUGGAUCAUUUGGUUAAUUACACCUCUGAUGCGCCGGUCAAUGAUUAUGGUAACCGAUAGCUCGAUUAUGG